GAGUUCAACCAGGUCCUUUAUAUGGGAAACUGAAGAAUGGAACUGCAGUUGUUCUAGAAAAUGGAGUAACCAUUUCUCCUUCUGAUGUCUUAGAAGACCCUAUUCCUGGAAGAAAAAUUUGUAUUUUGGGGGAUUGUUCAGGAGUGGUUGGAGAUGUUGCCAUGAAGCUUUGCUAUGAAGCAGAUGUCCUGAUCCAUGAAGCCACGUUAGAUGAUACCCAAGAGGAAAAAGCCAGAGAGCACGGUCACAGCACUCCCAAAACGGCAUCGGAUUUUGCAAAGUUGUGUAAAGUGAAGAAACUGGUUUUGACUCAUUUCAGUCAACGGUAUAAACCAGCUGCUCAGAGAGGUGAGGGAGACAUGGACAUCACCCACCUGAAGAGACAGGCAGAGUCAGUGUUAGAUGCUCAAGAAGUAACACUAGCUGAGGAUUUGAUGACAAUAGAAAUUCCAAUGAAAAAGUAA